CUACUCAGUAAAACUCACUCUCUAAACCUUCUAAAGAUACAACUUGUUUCUGGAUCCUAUUCCUUUUUUUGAAAAAUCAUGAGUACAAAACCCAAACUUUACUACCUCAAUGGAAGGGGCAGAAUGGAGUCCAUCAGAUGGCUACUGGCUGCAGCUGAUGUAGAGUUUGAAGAAGAAUUCUUGGAGACAAGAGAACAAUAUGAACAACUGCUUCGUGAUGGAUUUUUGCUGUUUGAGCAACUCCCAUUGGUAGAAAUUGAUGGGAUGAGGUUAGUACAGACUAAAGCCAUUCUGCACUACAUUGCUGGAAAAUACAACCUGUACGGAAAGGACCUAAAGGAGAGAGCGUACAUUGACAUGUAUGUAGAGGGGACUUCAGAGCUUAUGGCACUGAUCCUUUCUUCCAUCUUCUUGCCAGAACCGGACAAAGCAAAGCAGCUAGAGCUUGCUAAACAGAGAGCAAUGAAACGAUAUUUCCCUGUCUUUGAAAACGUUUUAGAAGAUCAGGAUUACUUGGUUGGGAACCAGUUAAGCUGGGCAGACAUACAGCUGCUGGAGGCUAUACUAAUGGUUGAGGAGGUUCAUGAUGAUGUCUUACCUCACUUUCCUUUGCUUCAGACUUUUAAAGAAAGAACAAGCAAGAUCCCAUCUAUUAAAAAAUUCCUGGAACCUGGAAGUCAGAAGAAGCCUGUGGCUACUGACAAAUACAUAUCAACUGUACGGGAGGUGUUCCAGUUUUAAUUCAGCAUUUAUAGACUGAUCUGGAUCUAUACCCAUUGUACAGCGCUAUGGCGCUACAUAAAACAAUAAAUAAUAAUAAUGCAGGACCUGUAGAAA